CGUGCAUGCGUCGUAGUUAGUUUUCGUUUCGUCUUUUGUGGGCGAGUACAAAUUUCAACAAAACUAAGAAUAAAUUCAAUGUGACAGCAAAAUUAAAACAAAUUAUUAUGCCUGGUAGCCGUGCUGUAUUUUUAUUGAGGCGGUUGUCUGGUGACAGUAAAAUUAAGACUUUAAAUUUGAGCCAAACUUCCACCACCAAGGAGGCCCUGGUGAGCCCGGUUUGCAAUCACCGAGAUUUAGGACUACCGAAAAGAUUGUCAUCCUUGGGACACAACAGUCUCCCUAAUUCCAACGUUGCAAGGAGUUUUAGUGAUACUAUCAUAAAGAUGACAACACCUACUUCUGAAACAAAUAUUGCAGAAACACCAAAAUAUACAAACCAACUGAUAAAUGAGAAAUCUCCAUACUUACUUCAACAUGCUCACAAUCCAGUGCAAUGGUAUCCUUGGUGUGAAGAAGCAAUUGAUAAAGCUAAAGCAGAGAACAAGUUGAUCUUCCUUUCAGUUGGUUAUUCCACUUGUCACUGGUGCCAUGUCAUGGAGAAAGAAUCAUUUGAGAAUGAAGAUGUUGCUAAAAUAAUGAAUGAACAUUUCAUCAACAUUAAAGUUGAUAGGGAAGAGAGGCCAGAUAUUGAUCGUAUCUAUAUGCUAUUUGUCAUGGCCACCUCUGGCAGUGGGGGAUGGCCAAUGUCAGUUUUUCUUACACCGGACUUACGUCCUGUAACUGGAGGGACCUAUUUUCCACCAGAAGAUCGUUGGGGACGUCCAGGUUUCAAAACUAUCUUGCUGACUUUGGCAAAGAAAUGGAAACAAGACAAAGAACAACUUGUUGAAGCAGGAACAAAUAUCAUUGAGGCACUCCACAAAAUUUCUUUGGUUGAAACAGAACAAUCUACUACUCUCCCUGGCGAUGAAGCUUGGUCUAAAUGUGUCCAUAGAUUCAUGUCCAACUAUGAACCAGAGUUUGGUGGAUUUGGCACAGCUCCUAAAUUUCCACAGGCAUCAAUAUUUAAUUUCUUGUUUCACUACUAUGCUCGUGACAAAUCCAAUCCCGAUGGAAAGAAGUGUUUAGAAAUGUGUCUCCACACGUUGACUAAGAUUGCUAAGGGAGGCAUACACGAUCAUGUGUCCAGUGGUUUUGCUCGUUAUUCUGUUGAUAAUGACUGGCAUGUACCUCAUUUUGAAAAGAUGUUGUAUGAUCAAGCACAAUUACUUGUUGCAUACACAGAUGCUUUCCUGGCUACAAAAGAAGAGUUUUAUGCAGAAGUGGUUCAGGAUAUUAUCAAAUAUGUGAAUAGAGACCUGAGACAUGAAUCGGGAGGCUAUUACAGCGCUGAGGAUGCAGAUUCCUUUCCAACUUAUGGUGCUUCACAUAAAAAAGAAGGAGCAUUUUGUGUAUGGGAAUAUGAGGAAUUAAAAUUGCUUUUAGAAGGCAAAAAACUGAAUGAUAUUGCUUAUUUGGAUAUAUUUUGUGAUUACUUUGGCGUGGAAGAAGAUGGAAAUAUAUCUCCAAGUAGUGACCCCCAUGGUGAACUUACAAAUAAGAAUGUGCUGAUUGUUUAUGGCGGAAAGAAAGAAACUACAGAAAAGUUCGGAAUAACUGAAGAACAAUUUAACCAAGUGAUAUCUAAAUGCAUUGGUAUACUUUAUGAAGCUCGUCAAGAGAGACCUCGACCUCACCUUGAUACCAAAAUAUUAUGUUCCUGGAAUGGUUUGAUGAUAGCUGGCCUUGCCCAAGCUGGACAAGCAUUAGGGGAAAAGCAAUUUGUUGAAGAUGCUAUCAAAACAGCAGAAUUUGUAAAAAAGCAUUUGUAUGACAAAACUACAAAAAUUUUGCUGCAUUCUUGUUAUAAAGUCGAUGAUGGAUCAAUUGCUCAAACUGAGCUACCAAUUAAGGGUUUCUUGGAUGACUAUGCAUUCUUAAUCAAAGGUUUGCUGGACCUUUACGAAGCAUCUCUAGAUUUGAGGUGGUUGAAUUGGGCUCGUGAGUUGCAGCAAACUCAGAAUGAGUUAUUCUGGGACCCUGAAAAUUUUGGUUAUUUCACAUGCUCUACAGAAGACAGCACAGUGGUUUUGCGCUUAAAAGAAGAUCAAGAUGGUGCUGAACCAUCUGGUAACAGCAUAUCCUGUCACAAUUUACAGCGCUUGGCCGCCUACGCUGACAAGAGCGCGGUACCAGAAGGUGGAGACCACGAGAGAGAAAUGGCCAAAAAGAUUUUGCUAGCCUUUGCUAAGCGGCUCAAGGAAGCACCCACUUCGCUGCCUGAAAUGAUGUCAGCACUCAUGUUCUAUAACGACUCACCAACUCAGGUGCUGAUAGCGGGCGGGUGCUCGGAUCCGCGCACGCUGGAGCUGGUGCGCGUGGUGCGGUCGCGGCUAUUGCCGGGCCGCGUGCUGGCCGUCGCCGACCCCGCCGCCGAGACGCCCGCCGUGCUAAGCCGUAUAAGGAGCGUAGGGGAUACGCCGACAGCUUACGUGUGCCGACGGUAUGCGUGUUCUUUGCCAGUGACAGAUGUUAAACAACUCGAAACGCUGCUGGAUGAGACGCCCGCUCAAUCGUCUAAGAAACCUUAAAACAUAGAUACUAAACCAUAACCGCCUUAUUAAUAAAUGAGGAAUAAGCUUAGACUAGUUACGCCGUGUUUUGUUCAUAUCACUCAAAUGUCAUUUGUCAUUUAUUGAAGAGACAAAACAUAGAGUAACUAAUUCAAGCUUAUUCUUCGUUUAUUAAUAAAGGGGUAAGUGUCAAUAUUAAAUAUCAAAAAAUAUAGUGGUACUAUGGAGAGAACACGUUGUAUGUACCUAGUACAAGUUUUGGUAGUUAAAAAAAAAUAUCUCAAUAUAUAUUUAUAUUUAUUGAGGUUUUAUACUCUCGUUGAGUGGGUUGCAUGGAAAAUAACAACAAGCUUAUUUACAGUCGUCGAACACUUGCAAAACUUGUACUGGACUCUCUUAAUAAAGACAGCAAAUAAAUCGGGUCACUUGCUACAUCGGAACUUCGAUUUUAUUUUCUCAAAAAGAAUAAAACUUACUACGGUCAAAGUUAUACCUAAACAAAGUGCAUUUCAUGAUGUAUAAAAUGAACAGGAAUUUAAUGAUAUUAAUCUUUGUUUUAGUUUUUAUUAUGAGUUUUCCAAAGAAGAGUCGUUUUCUACUUGUGUUAAUAGGUAGUAAAAAAACAAAGCAAGAAAACACACGUCUGAGAAAACUGUAAGUACCUAUAACUCUGAUAGUUGUAAGUUUUAUACUUUUUAAGAAAAUCUAAUAAGAGUUCCAAGGUACUUGCGGGUGACCCGGUUUCUUUGCGGUCGAGUAAAUUUCGAUCAAAGUAAAUGAAAAGAGUUGUUGCACCUAUCUUAGAAAGGAUUCGCUAAACUUAAAACUAUUCUUAAAAGCGUUGUUCUUAUCAUGCUCUAAAGAGAAUGAAAAAGAGACGCUGCAUUUCAUUCUAAUAAGUAUAUAUGAGAAAUUAGUUGUAAGUUUAUUAUGUUUCUCAUGCAAGAUUUAAGCCCAUUAUUACUU